CAGCAUAACAUGGGUCAAAUAGUGCAAGCUACCAAACAGAGCUUGCUGUCGGCAGUCACGAUGGCAAGGCUGUUGCUUUUCAUGCUCCUGUGUUGGGCAUGGAGUCCUCAAUGUCUAUCUACCAGUGUAAGCAUCACUGGUACACCAGAGCAGUGUGAAAAGGCUCACUUUGUUCCUGGUUACAAUCUGGGUGGAGAAGGCUUCGACAUCGUUACUAUGGAGCGGAAAGGUGCCUAUGUCAUCGACACUGAAACAUGGAAACUUGACAAUGGCACCUGCAAGCUGUAUGGAAACACCUACAUGAGUGGAGAGAAACAGAAGGUCCCAGUUGCGGUGGUGGACUGGAGAAGCUUCCCCAAGUGCAGUCUGAAGGUCUCCAGUGUAAGCUACGACUCGGUUGAAUCUCUUGUCAAUGAUUCCACAUCGUCCGUUUCCAAUAAUUGGAAACUUGGCCUUGAAAUCCCUGUUGACCCCUCUGUCACUCUUGGGGUUGGUUUUGGAGGUUCCCACUCCAGAGACGCUCUCUUUGGCAUGCAAAAGUCAAAAGGAGACCGCUACACCUUCUUUCGCCAUUCCGUCUACUGUAACUUCUACCGUUACAGAAUGGCAACCAAACCUCCACUGAGUCAUGAGUUUGUAUCAGCUGUGGACUCCCUUCCUUCAUAUGCACCUAAUACCGCACAAUCAUAUCGCAGUCUGAUCGACACAUAUGGUACACAUUUCAUCACGCAAGUGACUCUAGGAGGAGAAAUAAAAGCAAUCACUUCUGUCAAAACCUGUCAGGCAACCAUGAACGGACUGUCCGAGACAGAAGUCGGUGACUGUUUGUCAGUUGAGGCCUCAGCCAGCUUUGCAAGUACUGCAAGUAUUAAGGCCAUGUACGAACACUGUCAGAAAGAGAAGAAGAAGUUAGCCUCAGGCCAAAGUUUCAGCAGUACAUUUAAUGAGCGUUACACAGAGGUCACUGGCGGAAAUAUUAACAGUGCCGAUAUCCUUUUUGAUGGGCAAUCAAACCCCUCCGUCUAUAACAGCUGGAUCCGCUCUCUGAAAACCACUCCUGAUGUGGUGCAAUACAACCUAAAUCCCCUGCACACCAUCCUGCCAGGUGGUCAUCCUGCUCAGGCUGGACUGAAGCGAGAGGUAGAGAAGUACAUCAAGAAAAAUGCUGUAUUGAGAAAAUGCUCAGAGACCUGUCAGAUUGGGCACAGAUCCAAAACAAGGGACCCUUGUGCUUGUGUUUGCAACAGCAAUCAGAAUAUUGCAUCUAACUGCUGUCCUGCUGGGAAAGGUCUGGCAACACUGAAGGUCUUCAAGCUUUAUGCAAAGGAUCUGUACGGUGAUGAGUGGUCUCGGACUGAUGGUUCAGUUCAGGUGACAUAUGAUGGUCAGAGUAAGCGCACUGAUAUCAUCAGUAACAGUGACAAUCCUAGAUGGUCACAGACAUUUGAAUUUGGACCGAUCAAAAUGAACAUGGUAAACAGACUUCAGUUCAGUGUUUAUGAUGAGGAUUCUUACUGGGACAGUGAUCUGCUUGGUGAGUGUUCAGUUAAACUGCGUCAAGGAACAGUGAAGGACAGCUGCAUGUUAAAUCAUGGCACCUUGUUUUUCUCCUACACAGUAGAGUGUGCACCAAGUCUCGGUGGUGACCAAUGUCAAGAGUACAUACCCACCCCUAUGAGUCCCUCUUUGGCUGAUGUCUUCUAUACCAGAAAUGGUGUCCUGGUGAGCAGGGUGCUGAACCAGUCAGUCAGUCAGUCAGUCAGGCCAAGAUCAGCUGGUGAUAUGAGAUAAAUUGCCCAUGAGGACUUGAUUUGAUGAUGAUCUUGAAUGUAACUCACAGCAUCUUUUGAACUUUGACUUUUAUUGUGUGCCUUUUGUUUUGGUGGUGAUGAUGGUUUGAUGGUGUUAAUCCUCCUUUUCUUCUGGUUCUUUCUUGCUAAUAAAGCA